GGAAAACAAAUAUCUACCCUUAGAUUUUCAUCCUCACUUAAAGCUAGCGUGUUUGCCUACCUUUCUUUUUUUCCUUUGAUUCCCCUCGUAUAAAAACCCAACACCCCCAACCGUUUUAAAUCCUACCACUAGUCCACCUUUUCUUGUCUCUGUACUAGCUAAAAUGAGGCUUCUUUGUGCUCUCUUUGCCCUGCUUCUUCUCACUUCUCCGUUUGCCUGCUCUCGAACCUUACCACACAGCUCUAAAACUGCGAUUCUCGAUGUGAAAGCGUCCAUUCAAAAGACCAAAGACGUAUUCUCUACCCAUUCUAAAACGACAACGACGUUUAACCAGCAAGAAACAUCCUCCUCUUCCUCGUCAUGGCCAUCAAUGGAGUUGCAUUCCAGAACUUCGAUUCAGAAGACUUCACACACUGACUACAAAUCGCUUACCUUAGCUCGACUCGAGCGCGACUCAGCCCGAGUUAGAUCUCUCACCAUUCGUUUAGAUCUGGCCAUUCGUGGCAUUUCCACGUCAGAUCUUAAACCCCUUGAUAGUGAUAUGGAGUUCAAAGCUGAGGAUCUUCAGAGCCCCAUUAUAUCUGGGAGUAGCCAAGGAAGCGGCGAGUAUUUCUCCCGAGUAGGAAUCGGCAAACCUCCGAGUUCCGUUUAUAUGGUGCUCGACACCGGCAGUGACGUUAACUGGGUUCAGUGCGCACCCUGCGCCGACUGCUACCAGCAAGCCGACCCGAUCUUUGAGCCCGCUUCCUCUACUUCAUACUCGCCUGUUACUUGCGACACCGAACACUGCAAGUCCCUCGACAUAUCUGAGUGCCGCAACGGCACGUGUCUCUACGAAGUGUCAUACGGAGACGGUUCAUACACCGUCGGCGAUUUUGUCACUGAAACCAUCACCCUUGGUUCCGCUUCGGUUGAAAAUGUAGCGAUUGGCUGUGGACAUAAUAACGAGGGUUUGUUUGUUGGAGCCGCCGGCGUGCUUGCACUCGGAGGCGGCUUACUCUCUUUCCCGUCUCAGAUUAAUGCAACGGGUUUCUCUUAUUGUCUCGUGGAUCGCGACUCCGACUCGGUUUCGACUCUCGAGUUUAACUCAACUCUCCUUCCUAAUGCUAUUACUGCUCCAUUAAUCCGUAACCACGAGCUCGAAACAUUUUAUUACCUCGGUAUAACAGGACUGAGUGUAGGUGGCGAAUUGCUCUCGAUUCCUGUAUCAGCAUUCAAAAUGGACGAGUCAGGAAACGGAGGAAUAAUUAUCGACUCAGGCACGGCCAUAACUCGCUUUCAAACGGACGCAUACAAUUCUCUACGCGACGCAUUUGUUAAUGGCACGAAGCACCUGCCGUCGACCAACGGCGUGGCGUUGUUUGACACGUGUUACGAUUUGUCCUCAAAUGGUAGCGUGGAGGUCCCAACGGUGUCGUUUCAUUUCCCGAACGGCAAUGUGUUACCGUUGCCAGCAAAGAACUACCUGAUACCUGUCGACUCGGAGGGGACCUUUUGUUUUGCAUUUGCUCCGACGACAUCGGUGCUGUCAAUUGUUGGGAAUGUACAGCAGCAAGGAACACGUGUCGGUUUCGAUAUCGCCAAUUCUCUUAUUAGGUUCGAGCCUGAUAAAUGCUAGCUGUUGAUGGAUGUAGUUAUUUAAAAUUUCUCGACGGUUUUAAGAUUAGCGAUGAUAAUAUUUUACUAGAUACAUCAACGGACCGUUGUAUAGCAAGUAAUGUUGAUAUAGCCGUUAUGUUCUAGAUGUUGGGUUGUCGUUACAUUCCGCAUUUUAGAAAAAUGCUACUAAAAAAUAACUUAUGCA